UUGUCACUAGAACAUUUUUCCACUUUAGACACUAACGUUGUACCUAAUCUGAUCUGGUGUCUGUUGUUUGCCCUCUCCCUUCAGGCCAAGUACAUUUCCACAUGCAUCGAUGAGAUCAAACAGGAGCUCAAGCAGGACAACAUCGCUGUCAAAGCCAAUGCUGUGUGCAAACUCACCUAUCUUCAAAUGCUCGGCUAUGACGUCAGCUGGGCAGCAUUCAACAUCGUUGAAGUGAUGAGCUCCUCAAAGUUUACAUACAAGAGGAUUGGUUACCUGGCUGCCUCACAGUGCUUUCAUGAGAGCACAGAUGUCAUUAUGCUGACGACUAACCAAAUUCGAAAGGAUCUGAGCAGUCCUAACCAGUAUGACACAGGUGUCGCCCUUACUGGCCUCUCCUGCUUUGUGACUCCUGACUUAGCCCGAGAUCUGGCCAAUGACAUUAUGACUCUUAUGUCUCAUACAAAACCCUACAUUAGAAAAAAGGCAGUAUUGAUCAUGUACAAGGUGUUCCUUAAAUACCCAGAAUCCCUGAGGCCGGCCUUUCCCAGACUCAAGGAGAAAUUAGAGGACCCAGAUCCAGGAGUUCAGUCAGCAGCUGUGAAUGUCAUCUGUGAACUGGCCCGAAGGAAUCCUAAAAACUACCUGUCUCUGGCCCCACUCUUUUUUAAACUCAUGACCUCUUCUACAAAUAAUUGGGUUCUUAUUAAGAUUAUCAAGUUGUUUGGAGCUCUAACACCACUUGAGCCACGUUUGGGGAAGAAACUAAUUGAACCUUUGACCAAUUUAAUUCACAGUACCUCCGCCAUGUCCCUGCUAUAUGAAUGUGUCAACACAGUAAUUGCAGUGUUGAUUUCCUUGUCGUCUGGGAUGCCUAACCACAGUGCUAGUAUCCAGCUCUGUGUUCAGAAACUGCGAAUCCUGAUUGAAGACUCGGACCAGAACUUGAAAUACUUGGGCCUUUUGGCCAUGUCAAAGAUCUUAAAGACCCAUCCCAAAUCAGUGCAGUCCCACAAAGACCUCAUCCUCCAGUGUCUUGAUGACAAAGACGAGUCCAUCCGCCUCAGAGCUCUGGAUCUUCUCUACGGAAUGGUGUCUAAGAAGAACUUGAUGGAGAUUGUGAAAAAGUUGAUGUUGCAUGUGGACAAAGCAGAGGGAACCACCUACAGAGAUGAACUCCUGACUAAGAUCAUUGAUAUCUGCAGCCAGAGCAACUACCAGUACAUCACCAACUUUGAAUGGUACAUAAGUAUUCUGGUGGAACUGACCCGGUUAGAGGGAACACGGCAUGGCCAUCUCAUCGCCUCUCAGAUGCUGGACGUGGCCAUUCGAGUUAAGGCCAUUCGGGUCUUUGCUGUUGCUCAAAUGGCCAUGCUCCUGGACAAUGCCCACUUCCUGACUGGCAACAUGCAGCGCAAUGGUAUUUGUGAAGUUCUGUAUGCUGCUGCAUGGAUAUGUGGAGAGUUUUCAGAACACCUGGAGAAUCCGGCUCAAACACUUGAGGCAAUGCUGCGACCAAAAGUGGCCACUCUUCCUGGUCACAUCCAGGCAGUGUAUGUGCAAAAUGCAGCUAAACUUUUUGCCACAGUGCUGAAGAGCCAGGAAGGAAACACUGACAGCACGGCCACUCAGGAAAACAUCCAGCUAAUGAUUGACAGACUACCACUAUUUGUCCAGAGCGCCAACCUGGAGGUGCAAGAGAGGGCUUCAUGCAUUCUACAACUUGUUAAGUACAUCCAGAAACUGCAACAGAAAGAUGUGGAAGUAGCUGAAGAGGUCAGUGCUUUGUUUGCUGGCGAACUCAAUCCUGUUGCUCCAAAGGCACAAAAGAAAGUGCCUGUUCCUGAAGGCCUGGACCUGGAUGCCUGGAUAAAUGAACCUCCCUCUGAGAGCGAGUCUGAGGAUGAGCAGCCCAAGGCUAUAUUUGCCAAGGAAGAGCCCAAACACUCCCGCCCCCGCCACACGGAGGUGGACGAGAAGGAGUUGGCUAGGAGGAGAGAAGCACGAAAGCAAGAGCAAGCCAAUAAUCCAUUUUACAUCAAGGCCUCUCCAUCUUCUCAAAAGGUAUAUCAGGAGGCCCCUGGAGUGGAGCACAUUCCAGUCGUACAGAUCGAUCUUAGUGUGCCUCUCAAAGUUCCAGGUAUGCCAAUGUCUGAACAGUACUUGAAACUGGAGGAGGAACGACGACAGAAGGAAAAGGCAGAGAAAAAGAAGAAGGAAAAGAAAAAGCGGAAAGAAAAACGGAGUGGACGAGGAAAGAAGCACGAUUCAGGUCCAGAAAGCGAGGAGGACAUCACACCUGCGCACCAGGUGGACAUUGUAACAGAGGAGAUGCCAGAGAAUGCCUUACCAAGUGAUGAAGAUGAAAAGGAUCCGAAUGACCCUCAUAAAGCUCUGGAUAUCGACCUGGACAAUUUGUUGGAAAUGGCUGGUCGCAGGCCCCUCGCAGACAGUGAAAAGCUGCCUGUCAGGUCGCAUCGUGCUGCUGAAUCCUCAAAAAGCCCAGUUGAAGAUGGAGAGGCAGAGAGCACUUCAAUAGAGCCCAAAAAGAAAAGCAGCAAAGACAAGAAGGAAAAAAAGAAGGAUAAAGAGAGAGAUAGAAAGAAGAGCAAAGAGGAGAAAAAGAAGAAAAAACACAAACAUGAAGAAAAGGAAGAGGAUCUCCUUGGAGGAGAGGCUGAGGCUCCUGCGGCUGACUCCGAGGAAGUCUGUAAAGUGUCAGCACCACCCACAACCACUGAGCCAGAGGUUUCGGAUCUGGAUUUCUGGCUCUCAAAUGCUCCAGUGCCCUCUAACACCCAGGAAGCCAAGUCAGUAGCAGCAGAAGUAUCCCCUGUUGCUGAGGCUGCCUCUGUUCCAGCCCCAGACUCUGAGCCCGAUGAACCCAAAGAAACUGAAACAGAGGAGGCUAAAUCCUCUAAACACAAGAAGAAGAAGCAGAAAAAGGAAAAGGAGGAGAAGGAUAAGAAAAAAAAGAAGAAACACCACCAUCAUCAUCAUCACCACCGCGAUGCAGCAGGAGAUGAGUCUGUGCAGAAUGGCACAGUGGAAGAAGAAGAGGAGGAGCCUUUGCCGCCCAUGUCCAAUUACAACCUGCUGGCAGAAAACUCCUACAUUAAGAUGAUGAUGGAGGAUGCUGAUGAGGUGUAUGACAUUCAAGGAAACCUACAGGAUGGAAGUCAGGUUGUGGUGUCAGUAAUAUUUGAAAACAAGUGUGAAAGCUUUUUAAAAUCUAUGGAGUUCAAUGUCCUGGACUCUCUCAACUCCAAACUACAAAGGCCGGAAGGGUCCAGUCCUCACGAUGGUCUAGUUGUUCCAUUCCAGCUCCCACCUGGGGUUUCGAAUGAGGCACGAUUUGUGUUUGCUGUGCAGAGCAUUGUAAUGCCACAGAAAUUGAAGGGAACCCUCACAUUUAUUGUUAAGAAUGAGGAGUCCUCCACUCAUGAAAAACUGGACUUUAAACUGCACUUUACCUGCACCUCAUACCUUAUCACUACUCCUUGCUACAGUGAUGCAUUUGCAAAACUGUUAGAGUCUGGUGACCUUAAAAGCAGCUCUGUCAGACUGGAGGGUGUGAACAUGCCCUUCCAUCAUCUACUAGCCAGGAUCUGCUUCCAUCACCAUUUUUCUGUUGUGGAAAGGAUUGACUCCUGUGCCUCAAUGUACAGCCGGUCUAUCCAGGGUCAUCAUGUUUGUCUGCUAGUUAAAAGUUCUGGUCAGACUGUAUCCAUUGACGCUAAAUGUGAUGAGCCGACGCUGCUUGGGAAUGUGCUGGAUGAGAUCAAGCAGACCUUCUCUCAGUGCUGAUUGCGUCAGGCCCUGAGCCCCCUCGCGCCCUGCCAUCUUUUGGUGAAGCUACAUAAUCAUGUUCAACACUGCAACUGGCAUGUCCAGUCUCUAUUUCCCCAUCAUCAGAUUCACUGCAUUGUUUCUUUGGGCCUCUUUGUGACUUCAGAGCCCCAUCACUGUUUUCUGCGCACUGAGCCUGGUGUGAAGGCUCACUGUGUACACUCUGCACUUUCAGUUUUCCUCAUUUUUGAACUGUCUCCACUGUCUCCCCAGCUCUGACUUGGUCUCAAGAUGUUUGACAUCCACGCUUUUCUCCUGUGUAUCUUCCUUACAGAUCAGAGUGCGACUGUCAUGUGACGUGGACAACUGAACAUAUACUGUUGAUCGUUAAAUUGUGUUUUUACAUUUAUUUUUCAAGUUUGUUUUUGUUUGUUUUGUCUUUCUGUCCUGCGCCUUUGUCCUCCCCUUGCGUCGCCUCUUUCUAUUCCCAAUCAUCAGGGUGUGCUCUUUUGUAUGCCUGAAAAACGUUUGACCUUCUAUUUUCCUGAAUGGCCCUUCAUUGAAAAUCGGUACUCAAACUUACUGUCAUACUGUCUUGAGACAACAUAGCUGUCGUCAAGUGCAUUUUGGGGCAGAGAUAAACCAAAGUUCAGAAUUUGAAAAGUGUGGGACCAUAAGAUAAAAGCCCACUUAUCCUAAGGGCCAGGCACACCACCAGGCAUUAUAGACCACCUCUUAUCCUGUUGUAGUUUGUUUGGCCCUCUGUAUUGUCGGUCAUAAAUGACAAUUUGUAUUUAUGCAGCCAGAAAUGUCCUUUCUCAUUCCAGCACAAUACAGUUUUGUAGUAGCUAAUGCUGAACUAAAAUUGAACAUCUUCAUACACACAUAUUAUAAUCAGUAACAUUCAGCAGUUAAAUGUAAAUACAGAUCCCCUAUACUUUUAAAGAAAGUCAGUACAUGUGUAUUAUGUAAGGAGGUUUUCGAACAUAAUUUUUGAUCUGGAAAUUAAACAUUACAUCUCGCCCAAUUUCACUCCCAAUUUUGAUUAUUUUUCAGUCCAUGGCGGAUUGAAUUUCUGUAGUGCAUGAUAAGAAAUAUUCUAUUUAAUUUCAAAAUGUAUUCCAUAUAAAAACACACUAAAGUCUCAUUCCAUUUUGGCAUUCAUAACCUAUUUAUGUUUACUUGUUUUUAUCCAAUCUGAGUUCAGCUGAUUAUAAAAUAUAUAAUUUGAUGUUUUAAAUUAUUAAACAUUGAGAGGAGUCAAUUAAAGUGGGUAUUCUUUGGGAGCUUUGUCACUGAGGGCACAGGACUUCAGAUAUGCCCAUUAGAGCAGGUCAAAGGAUGCAGUGUACUGAGAGGCAGAAACCCGUCUUACAUAUAUUGGUUCAGUUGUAGUGAAUUAUUUGACAAAUUUUGGCUUGUGACAAUGAAAUAUACUCUUUAAAAAACUGUCUUGAUUUUUUUUUUACACAUAUACAUUAAACACCUGUAAUAGUAUGUGAGGCAAAUUAAAGCCGAAUAAAAAUAAGAGAAUGCAAAA